UUCAAUUUAAAACCGAUCCAUAAAUUGUAAAUUUUUAACUUUCUAAUCUAGCAUCGAAUCACGAGUUUAAAAAAUCAAUUCAAAUCUAUCAGAUUAAACUAACCGGAUCGAAUUACGGAAUUUACAUAUUCUUGCUCCGCCCUAUUCGAAUCUAAACAUUUUUCCCCAACUCUCUCAACUCUCACUGCCAUGGCGUCGCUCACUUCUUCGUUCUCUCCUUCCUCACCUCCCUCCGCCUCCAACUCCGAGCUUUCCGCUUCCCAACCCACCCCUCCUACUCCAUCGCACCACCAGGGUUCUGUGAAGGAUGGUGCAACUGACAAUGGCGUCCCUGAUGCCCUCCGGCAAAAUCCUCUCUCACUCGAUCUGUACGCGGAUAUGAAUAGCAAGGAGUACAUCGAAAAGCUCAACAAAUAUGAGGCUGACCACAUUUGUCGAGUGAUGGCCAAAUACUUCUCAGAUAAGGAUAUUUAUGGGGGUAAACAUUUAUUUGGAGUUUCCAUACAAGGUCUAAACUUGUGUUUUACGUGUAAAACGGGAUACAACCAGUGCCAACAGGCAACGUAUUUGAUAAAAGUGUGACAAUAGAUGGAGAAACUAUAAAGGCAAGCAGGUGGCACUUUUUUCAUUCAUAUGCAGACCCAGUACAAUUUCUCGAAGACGAGAGCAGCUUUAGUUCAACUUCUCCUGCAGACUCCUCAACUUUAAUUUCAAACGGGACGUUCUUGAUGCGUGAUGGGUGAUCUUCCAAUACCUUCUUCACUCUUAUGAAACCAAAAGCGAUGCUGAUCGAGGUAACAGAGUAAAGGAACCAAAACUUCCCUGCUGUAUUUUACAUGGUGCUUAGAAAUGUUUAUUCUAUAAUUAUCAAUGUUGUGUGAACAUGAAAACAGUAUUGAGCCAUAGCUAAUGUAAAUUAAGCUUGAGGCUUACCAAUGAAAAAUUUAGCCAAGGGACAAACUGGCGUACCCAGUCCACGUGGAAUAUCAAAAUGCCAUUUUAUUAGUAGUUGGUGCAGAACUCAAAUAUUUGGGGAAAAGGGACCAGAAACAUUUAAUAUACUCAAUUUUUGUCGUA